UGAGUUAUGAAUAUUUUUAAAAAACGUCAUUUUUCUUGAAUAUUUCUCUCCGUGAAAAUAUGCACAUUCAUGCGAACAUUUUUGAUGCAGUAAAUGGUAAAUUCUGCAGUUUCGGCACAAACUAUCCUCACGUUCAGUAAAUUUCCCCGAGUCAGUGGAGAAGAAUUCACUACUGACUUCGCAAUUUUUCCCAAAUACAUUGCAAAAAAUGCAAAUUUCGCAAAGGCUCUUCGGGCAAAGUUUCCGGGAGUCUGAGAAUUUCGGGAGAUGGCGGAGACGCUGGCAAAUGUGUGAGAAAGUGACUGCCAGUCCAUGUUUUCCAGACCGCAGAGCUGGCAUUAUAAAUAAGAACACCAUAUCUCGUGCAAAUUUCAACAUAUGUAGUGUAGAGUGCAUCGUGGGGAAUGAUAAAUCCACUUCUCAUGCGGUAGAUCGGUUACAUAGUUGAACGGCCGUCAUCAGUCGAUUCCGAUCGAUAAGAUAAUUCGCGAAGAGUGAGUACAUUGAGGUCCAGUUUGGCACAGUGGAUUAUAGUGUAUACAUUUGAUAUCUUGACAUCGAGGGAAAACGUUCUGCUCAGGUGGCGUUUAAUGUAAAAAAAAUGUCUGAAGUUGAAGAUAAAUCUCAAAUAAAAGUCACUUGUGAGAAUGGCGUUUGGACGCGAAUUAUCGAGCCUCCAGGCGAUUCCUGGCAGACUUUUGGGCAGACACUUCUGGAGCGUAUGAAGGAAGUGCCGAAACGCGUUGGUCAAAUUGAUGGAUUGACUGGGGAAGAAGACACUUACGCGUCCAUGUGGGAUCGAGCAGUGCGCUGCGCCCUGUGGCUGAGAAAACAGGGUGUCAAACCCGGAGACUUCAUAGGAAUCAGCACCCACAAUCAUUUAGACACUUUUGUUCCGGUUCUCGCAGCGAUAUUCACCGGAGUUGUCUUCCAUCCCUGGUGGGAUGUGAACCUCGACGACGAUAUGGUGAAAUAUUUUCUGGAAUUGGGAGAGCCAAAGGUGGUGUUCGUAAGCGAGAAGGUAGCUGAGACUGUUCAGAAAGUAAUUGAUGAUCUUGGGAGAACGACGAAAGUUGUCGUCUUCGGGGAUUCCCCCGGUUGGGUGACUCUGCACGAUGUUCUGAGGGAACAAGACCCCGAAGAUGUGAACAAUUUCGAGUGCACGAGAAUUGAAGAUAUAAAACAGCCGGCUGUCAUGAUCUGCACAUCGGGAUCCACUGGAUAUCCAAAAGGCGUUCUCCAUUCGUACUUUUGGCUGGAGAAGUGCUCGUAUAUUGCUCCAGAUAAGUACGUUGCGAACAGCAUCAACUUUUGGUUUUCCGAAAUCUGUUGGAUCAGUGGAAUUGGAUGCACCUUGAGUUUACUAAGAAACUGUGCCACAGCUGUGAUAUAUUCACGGCCAACAAUAGAUAUUGUCUGUGCAUUAGUCGAAAAGUAUAAAAUCAAUAAUCUUAUAAUUGGCGCCGCAACUGCAAACCAUCUUUACAAAUUGGAAGGCAUUGAGAAUUACGACCUGUCAUCCGUGAAGUACGUAAUUUUUGGUGGUGGAGGUGUCAGUGAAGAGGUCGAUAAGAACAUGUUGAGAAUAUUUCCAACUGCUGAUCUAUCCCUUGGAUACGGGAUGACGGAAAUGGGAGUUAUCGUACGGCGAGAGGAUGCGCCCAAAAAGUUCAGUUGUUGUGGAAAAAUCCGAGAAAAUUGUCAAAUGAAACUCGUCAAUGUAGACAGCGGGGAAACGGUGGGGCUCAAUGAUCAGGGAGAAAUUUGUUUCAAGUCACCCUAUAUGAUGCUCAGAUACCACAAAGAUCCGAAGAGCACUGCGGAGGUCAUCGAUAAAGAAGGCUGGUAUCAUUCCGGUGAUUUGGGGUAUGUCGAUGCAGACGGUGAUCUGUUCGUUAUUGAUCGGCUCAAAGAAGUAAUCAAGUACAAACAAAUCUUGCCAGUGCCACCAUUGGUAGUAGAAAGAGUCAUCCUGGAGCAUCCAGACGUCAGUGAAGCUGGAGUUGUCGCAAAGCCCGAUUUAAUGGACGUAGAGCGGCCGAUGGCUUUCAUCACAACCCGUGCUGGUUCCAAAGUGACUGAAGAAGAAAUCAUCAAGCACGUUGAGGAUAAUCUCCCCGACCACAUGAGACUCCGGGGAGGCGUGAAGAUUCUGGAGAAAAUGCCUAUUACGCCGUCAGGGAAAAUUUCGAAGAAACUGCUGCGAGCUAUGGCGCAGUCUCUGGUCAAUUAAUGACUUUGAAUUAAAUCGAAAUAUAUCAAAGAAAUGUAUUUCCUGUUUUGACAUCGUCAAUUUUAAUCGUGCAAUUCUUUUCCGAUCAUUUCCUCUUCAUAUUGGGAAUUCGAAAGAUUCCACGAAAUUCUUGAAGUUCCUGACGAAGCUUCUGGGCUUCACGAUGUCUCUGAUAUUUUAAAGGUGAAUCCUUUGACAUCACACGAAAGAAAUGUAUAGGAAAACCUAGCGAUUUCGAUAGAAAAUGUAUUGGAUUUCUAGUGCACUUCUGUUGAAUAUUCUAUUAGUUUGUGACCGAUUCUAUUGAAGAAUUCUGUAGUCUUAUUACACGAAAAAAAUAUAAAAUUGUUUUUACUGUUGAAAAUAGUAAAAGUUAAGAAUUGGUACAGUAGAAAGUGG